AUGGUUACUUCUGGCAUUGUUGACUGGAGUGAUGAGGAGAGGAUCGUGCUCCGCAAAAAUCUUAUCCCAGACUCCAACGUAUCCUUGGCUACUUUGAGCAUGGCUAGCAAGAUGGUAGCAGAUUUCGCUAAAGCCCGGGGCGCCGAGACAGCCGACAAAAUGCCCCCAUGCUGCUUCUUUAACGUGAGGGGCUCAGUGGAGCACUUGGAAGAGCGCAGAAACCAUUAUGAGGAAACCAAUUCCAAGGAUACCGAGUGCUUGCUGGAAUUCGAAGCUAAUGACAUGGACAUUCCUGUGAGAAUACUUCAAAUCUUCAAGUGUUGGCUAGACAGCAUGCUUGGCCGUGUGCUGAGUGCAAACUGA